UAACGCUUGUUUCUGCUUCCGCUUAUUUAAUGACGUCGUCACAGCGCGACUAAAACGUUACGCUUACAACAGCGGCCUGUGUUUUCACUUGAACGCUGUAAUUUUUCUCUUCGGUGGAGGAUUUGUCUCUACAGUCCGUCACCAUGAAACUAGUCAGAUUUUUGAUGAAACUCAGCCAUGAGACAGUUACCAUUGAACUGAAGAAUGGCACCCAGGUCCAUGGAACCAUCACAGGUGUUGAUGUGAGCAUGAACACCCACCUGAAGGCAGUGAAAAUGACCCUGAAAAACAGGGAGCCCACCCAGCUGGAAUCACUGAGUAUCCGUGGCAACAAUAUUCGCUACUUUAUUCUCCCUGACAGCCUCCCGUUGGACACCUUGCUGGUCGACAUUGAGCCCAAGAUAAAGUCCAAGAAGAGGGAAGCAGUGGCUGGACGGGGACGAGGCAGAGGACGAGGGCGUGGCAGAGGAAGAGGACGAGGCCGGGGUGGCCCAAGAAGAUGAUCACCCGGCCGCACAUUUGUUGGCCACCACCUCACUGUUUGUACAGGAUUUUUUUUUUUUUCUUUUUUUCUUUUUUCUCAAAGGAAACCUUUUGUGAAUUUCCAUGUGUUUUUGUUCAAAUUUUGUUUUUCUUUUUUGUACAAUAAAAUCCUUAUAUAGAGGAUAAAUUUGA